UUCUUUCCUAUAAUCCUUGAUGGACCAGGAUUCCGAAGACACCCAGACAUUCCCAUCGGCAGGAGAACCUGUUUUUGGGACGGCCCGUAGCCGGGAUGGCACUUGUAGUAUCCAGAACUCAACCGCAAGGCCUUGGAUGGAAACAUUUGUGGACAUCUAUUCUCGUCAUACCUUUCCGACAUCUCAAGACUUGAGAAGAUGUAAUAUAUGCUACGAGAAUGCCCAAGCUGCCCAACGUUGCCUGAGCUCAAUGUCUGUCCUGAUCUGGCUCUUUUGUAACUUGCUGUUUGCCCUGUUUGAUCUCUCCAAGCCCCGAAUUUCUGAUGGUCGCGUGCUCGUCAUUGCGCUGCAGCUAUAUUUUUAUCAGCCAGUCAGGGCUCAGUCAUCUCCAGGGAGCAAAUCAUUUCCAGAGCACUACGCUAUACGGAGUACGCAGCGUAAAUUGGCGCCUUCUACUCCGUGCUGGGGGCACUUCUUUAGGCUGCAGACCAAGGAAUGCCUAGUGGCCCAUACCAGCCCUGGGCGUGGAAACAAAACAUCAAGGCAUCGUUCCCAAUAGGGAUGGAGAGCACGAUAUCUGCCUCCAGCCUUGUUCUUGGCUGCCGCUCACUGGCUGGCUUGGGCAUCCGGGCGGCCCAAUCGAGCCGGCUUGAGGGGCGUCCCUGGCAUGAAGCAACGCACCAGAUCUCCCCAUAGCGGUUUUAAGAGGCUGAUGCGAGGUGAAUCAUAAUCCACCAGAACACUGCCGGCCUAGGAUGACGCACUGGGCUGAGGACCCAUUCCCGUCCGUUUCGAGCGCCCAGUGCUGUCGAGCAAUUAGAACAGUAGGCACCGAUGAAGCUAACUCUUCCCUCCCUUCUCCUUUUGCUUUCCCCCUGCUAUUUUCUUGACCGCAUCGCUCUCAGCAAAACGUCUAGUCCGUUUGAUCAUGAAGCUUUUCUGUAUGACAGCCAUCAGUUGGAGAAAAAUCGGCAUUCCGCAACCUGGGUUGCUUUCCGAGGCCACUUUCAUCUUCCGGUGGCCCUCAGGCCAAUAAGUUCUGCCUGAACAGGACGCUUCAUUCUUUUCCUCCUCCUCUCGCCACCGACAUAGCUUCCCAGGCGCUUUUCGUUCGGUGCCUUGCCAAUUCCUCCUUCUUUGUCGCUUUGCUGCCUGUCUUACCCCGCGAUCUUGAAUCAGCCAGGACGUGCAUUUUCUGGGGGAGCAUCGCUUCCAUUGCUUCCUUUGCUUGAGCAAACACCUUAUUCCUCUCUGCACUGUCUCUUCCUACAGGUUGAAUAAUAGUAAUAAUUAAAAAAAAGUCUAAGCAGCCUCCGCCCAACCGCAAAAUCUGCUGGUAUAAAAAGCUCAUCCCUCCCCCGCCAAAUUUUCAUCUCCCUCCCAAGAUCUACGCUCUGAUAAGAUAACCAACCACAUCAACCAAACUGACUCUUUACCUCACCAUCACCAGGCUCCUACUACUCAGCCAUUAGACCUCUUACUUGGGGAUAUUUAUUCUUUUGAAACCUCCUCUACGCUGUCAAUCUUCUACAGCGAUUACCCUUCUGGCCUCUUCAUCCCUCUGGUACUCACUCUCUUCGCGUCGAGUCAUCCCAUCUUGCG